AUGAUGCAUGCGGUCAACUGGAAAGAAGGGCCAGACCCUUAUCUGGAGGCUCUAGAGGUCCCGACACAGUCUUCUGAAGUGUCAGAAAGUGCCGAGCCUCGGAGUCGCGAGGCCCACCGCGGCCUUGUGGGCCUGAAAAGGACCGCGACCUCUCUGGACGCGCAUUCCGUCGGCACCAGCUUCGGUGGCACCAACGUCCCCGCCGGGCCAAGGCUCUCAUCCAUUUAGAGGCCCCUCACAGUCCUGCACGUGAGUCUGCACCACCCCACACUGGGUCCAGCCACUUUCACCAAUGUCUUAUCACAGCUGCAGCAUGACACCAGCCUGUUGCUCAUCUGGCAGGGUCAGGACACACACCUCUGGCUGCAGCUCCCCCAGUUCACCCACUGACACCUGUCCCUGGAGCCCUACCUGGAAGAGGGCAGUGCUGUGCUGGGCUCCUGCCUCAAGGCCCUGAGCUCCAAAGGUUCUGUUUGGGUCAAUAGGCUGAUGCUGAGCUAUCUGGACCAGGUCCCCCUGAGUGCCAUCAACAGGGUCUCCUUCUCCGGCGUCCAGAUGGUGGUCCAUGUAGAGGGAGGCACCUCCCUCGAAGCCUUUGUCUGCUGCUUGCAUCUCAGCCCAUCGCCCCUGAUUUACAGACACGAGGCCGAGGAGACUGAUGAAUGGGAAAGCAUCCUCCAGGAGCAGCCUCCCCCAGGUUCAGGGCAGCGGACUACAGGUCCACUGGGGUUUCCGCACAGCUCUUCCCAGACUCAUGGCAGCCCUCUUCAGCCAAGCCCUGGAGGAAGAUCAGAAAUACAGCUCCAGAGGGAGCCCCCAGACAGUGCACUCUGCUAG